AUGUUCCAAAAAAUAAAAAAUACAGCAAAACACAAGCAAAACACAGGAAUACUACGAUAUUUCAUUACGUGUGAUUCUAGAAGAAGAGGUACGAUGAAGAAAUCGGCUGGCAGGAAUACUUUUUUAUUACGGAUAAGCGCGGCGCUGUUCAUUGUUGGUCUGUGGCUAUAUUUCUCUUCUGUUGACCUUUCAUAUAACAAACCAACAGAUGGAAUCAGGAGUCCAUCUACUUACCAAAUUAAGGGAGGAAAAGAAAGUGGUAUAGAUUCCAUAAUGCCGUCAAUGCCAGAACAAGAGGCAAAGGAGGCCUUGGGGCGCGCUUCAUGGAAGUACUUUCAUACUCUCUUAGCAAGAUUUCCUGAUGAUCCCAGCGAGGAAGAAAAGCAAAAGUUGAGGUCUUUUUUACAGCUAUAUGCAGAAUUAUAUCCAUGUGGUGAAUGUUCUCAUCAUUUUGUGAAGAUGUUGGAAAAAUAUCCACCACAAGUAUCAAGUAGAGUAACAGCGGCCAUUUGGGGAUGCCAUAUUCAUAACAAAGUCAAUGAAUAUUUGAAAAAACCAGAAUACGACUGCUCAACAGUUUUAGAAAAUUACGACUGUGGGUGCGGUGAUGAAGACGGUAAGGUCAGAGAAGAUUUGAAAUUAAAUAAUAAAGUGACGCUAGAAAAGGAGGGUAUACAAAGGGGCUAA